AUUCACCAACCAACCUCGUCUCUGUGUGUUUUUUUUUCGGUUGUGUGCAGGGGACAUGACAGGGGGCAUCUCCCCUAAGAAAAGACUGUGACGGGUUCACUGAGAAACUGCUGACUGCGGGAGAGUGAAACAUGCUCAAUUUCACCACCACAUCCAGUGGAAAUAUUCCUCCCCCGGAGCGAAGCGGAGCUGACUGACUGAUUGGAGCGGCUGGAGUGCGGAGAAGAAGAGGCGAUUUCAGCCUUUUCGGAGCACGACCUCGGGGCUGUUCACUGUGUUUGCACGGUCGAGAGAAAAUGAAGCAGCGGCGCCUUUAUUUCUGUGGUCAUGUAACGAUUUUUUAAAAACGAGGCUAAAAAGGGGUCACACUUGUCGAUCUUACACAGAUCUGGCUAAGGUAGGUUAACGUUAACGCUAGUGACGUUAACAUUCUCAUGACACGAGCUCAAGAUGACGGUGGAAAACUCUACAAUUAAAAACCGGAUUAAAAAUCUCCUCCGGUCUCCUUCAAUCAAGCUAAGGAAAAAUAAAGGCGGAAACAACAAAGAAAGCCUAGGAAAUAAGGUCACUCUUGAGAAGGUUUUGGGAAUUACAACUGCAGGGAACCGUGCUUUGGCCUGUGACCCUCGCUCAGGUUUGGUCGCCUACCCAGCAGGGUGUGUGGUGGUGCUACUGAACCCCAAGAAGAACAAACAGUAUCACAUUCUCAACAACUCAAGGAAAACCAUCACCACACUAGCUUUCUCACCAGAUGGCAAAUAUGUGGUCACAGGCGAGAGUGGUCAUAUGCCUGCAGUGCGUGUGUGGGAUGUGGUGGAGAGGACUCAGGUUGCAGAGCUGCAGGAGCAUAAAUACGGCGUGGCCUGUGUGGCCUUUUCUCCCAACAGCAAGUACAUUGUCAGCGUGGGCUACCAGCACGACAUGAUCGUCAACGUCUGGGCCUGGAAGAAAAAUGUAGUGGUGGCUGCCAACAAAGUGUCCAGUAAAGUGACGGCCGUGUCGUUCUCCGAUGACAGCUCUUACUUUGUCACAGCAGGAAACAGACAUGUGAAGUUCUGGUACCUGGAUCACGCAAAGUCCUCCAAGGUUAACGCCACAGUGCCGUUGCUGGGCCGUUCCGGGCUGCUGGGAGAGCUCAGGAAUAACUUCUUCAGUGAUGUAGCCUGUGGCAAGGGCCGGAAGGCUGACAGCACUUUCUGCAUCACCUCCUCAGGCCUGUUGUGCGAGUUUAACGACAAGAGGCUGCUGGAUAAAUGGGUGGAGCUCAGGACUGGCUUGGCCACCUCUCUGUCUGUGACGGAGGAGCUGAUUUUCUGUGGCUGUGCUGACGGAACCGUGCGAGCGUUCAGCCCGGCCGAUCUGCACUUCAUCUGCACUCUUCCUCGCCCACACAGCCUCGGCACUGACAUAGUCACUGUCACAGAGGCCAGCCACCUCUUUGCUUACAAUGUGGACGCCCGGUAUCCUGAUACAGUGGCUGUGUCCUAUGACCCCACCAACCGGUGGCUGUCCUGUGUUUACAACGAUCACAGUCUUUAUGUGUGGGAUGUCCGUGACCUCCGAAAAGUGGGCAAGGUCUACUCUGCCCUUUACCAUUCAUCGUGUGUGUGGAGUGUAGAGAUGUACCCGGAGAGCAGUGAUGUGGAGCAGUUGUGCCUCGCUCCAGGAUCUUUCCUCAGCUGUUCUUCGGACAACACCAUCCGCCUGUGGAACAUGGACACACACAGUGCCACACUCAACCACAACGUCAUCAGCACUGACCUCCAGAAGAUCAUUUACAUGGAUGAUAACUUUACAACCCUGUUGGACACAGACUGCACCAACUCAAGCAACUUGGAAAAGGCUGAUCCACAGACCUCGGAGAACCGUACAGGCAUUAGGACCAUGUGUGUCAGUCCAGACGGACAGCACCUGGCAUCAGGGGACCGCAAUGGAACACUGAGGAUCCAUGAGCUGCAGAGCAUGGAGGAGAUUCUGAACGUGCAGGCCCACGACUCUGAGAUCCUGUGUCUGGAGUAUUCAAAGCCUGAGACGGGUCUGAGGCUACUGGCCACAGCAAGCAGAGACAGGCUGAUUCACGUUCUGGACGCAGAGCGCGAGUAUGGCCUGCUGCAGACACUGGAUGAACAUUCGUCUUCUAUCACUGCAGUGCGCUUUGCUGCAAAUGAUGGCAAAAUCAGAAUGAUCAGCUGUGGUGCUGACAAAAGUAUCUAUUUUCGGACUGCACAGAAGACAGAUGAAGGAACUGUGUUUUCACGCACCCACCAUAUUGUGAGGAAGACUACCCUCUAUGAUAUGGUUAUUGACCCCACACACAAGUACGCUGCUAUUGGCUGCCAGGACCGCAGCAUCAGGAUUUUUAACAUCAGCAAUGGUAAGCAGAAGAAGAUCUAUAAGGGCUCUCAGGGGGAGGAUGGAACCCUCAUUAAGGUCCAGACAGACCCCUCUGGUCUGUACGUGGCUACCAGCUGCUCUGACAAAAACAUCAGUAUUUUUGACUUCUACACUGGAGAGUGUGUGGCCACUAUGUUUGGGCACUCUGAGAUUGUAACUGGAAUGAAGUUUACCAAUGACUGCAAGCACCUGAUCUCAGUUUCAGGAGACAGCUGCAUUUUUGUGUGGAGACUGAAUCCCGAGCUGACCAUCAGUAUGAGACAGCGACUGUCUGAUCUAAAACAGAAGAGCAAACCUGUCCAGAAGAGCCCACCUAACAAACAUAACACAGUCAGCACUAGGAGAGAGGUGCACAGUGCCCCGCCCAUAGCUACCAUGUCAUCAGACAGUGAUAAAGAGGCAGAGGAGGAGGAGGGUAUAGAAGAGGAAGAUGAAGACAACUUUCCUCACUUGUCUUCAGGCAGCAGCACAGGGGAGGAGAAUGGAUCAUCAGAGGAGAAACACAACUCCGUUAAUUCCUACGUCAGAGAACCUCGCAAGCGUUCUGAGAGCAGUUCAGCAUGUGAGGGCUCAGGCCCAAGGCCGAGGCGCCGCUGGUCCAGGCGGAUAGGCAGUGUGGACCUUGUGGUGAAGUCCAUGCUGGACCUGAGGCAGCUGGAGUCCUUUGCUGGGCCCUCCUCACCAAACAAGAGCUCCGCCCUCACCAGAGAGUCUCCACUACCCUCAGACCUGGAGCUAGGCAGCACCAACAGUGUACAGACCAUCGCUGCAUGGGUGGCAGAGCCAGAGGAGCAGGACUCCUCUGUCCUGAGGGGACACUCACGCCCAGAUUACAUUCAACUGCCCAAUCAAAGCCCCGACUCAGAGCCUGUGGUGCUGUAUCCUGAGAGCUAUGAGGACAGGGUCAGUCUGGCAGGCAGUGAGUACCAGGUGAAAGAGUUAGCUUAUGGAGUGAGGCUGCCUAAAGGAAACUCCUGCCCAGAAAAACAGAGUCCUGACAGCGCCUGCUCAAUGGAUUACUCCAACAGCCGCCUGUCCAGCCCUGAGCAUCCUGGAGAGGACUCAGAGCCCACUGAGCCAUUGAGUGUAGAUGGGAACUCGUCCGAGUUGGACAUUGAAGACCUAGAUGAGGAAGAGGAGGAGAGCUUGAGGAAGAAUGAGACCAAGACCUCUGUACCUCAGACCCCAGACCAGGAGGCCUUCCUCAAGACACACUUUGGAAACCUGACAGACCUCAACACCUCAGCGAGCCCAACUCAAGUAACUCCAAACUUCACUGACAGUGUCAGCAUCUCGUCGAAGUUCCUCUCUCAGAGCUCCUCUGGCUGUCGGCAACCCUUUCCAUUCCCUUCAAAUAAAAGCAGUCAGAGUAAGGAUGCUAGUGGAGUGGUGCGUCCCCUGGUGUCGGAGGUGCGCCCCCUGAUGGAGGACAGGGUGCAGAGUAUACAGCAGGAGCCCCACAGCUCUGAGAGGGGCGCAGGUCUGCGCUUAACUCCACAGAAGAAGCGUGUCUCUUCUGCAGACUCCCGCAAAGUAACUAGCCCUGUCGCAAAAGCUGCUGCUGCUUCUCAGGCUAACUCAGCUGGCAUGAGGAAAGCCCAGUCUAUACACAACAUCUCCUCAGACGCCGAUACGUCCACACGGCCCUCUAAGGAGGUUCCCCCUCAGCCCCAGCAUUACGAGCGUGGUCUGCCCUCUGUGUCACGCCGCACUCUUCCCAGCGUGCCUCUCUCCAGCCCUGUGUCUCCCCAGCCCAGGGAUUGUCCCACACCCACAAAGUCCAAGCCCCGCUCCUACAUGAGCCCCACCACCAGCUCCAUGGCCAAGAUGUCCCGCUCUGUAUCCGUGGGGGACAACCUGAACGUAGGCGAGUUCGGAGAGACUUUUCCCUCCUCAGACCUCCGCCGUGGCUCAGAUAUGACCAGCUCACGAAGUGUCUCUCAGAGCAAGCCCUCCUCACCUGUAGUUCUGCUGCCUUCCUCAUCAGACUCUUCUACCCCCCAUGCUGCUGUUAUGCCCACUCUAAGUGGUGGCUCCUCAUCUAAAGGCCUCCAGGCCAAAGUGACGGGCAGCGCCCGUCCACAGCUAAACCUGGACAUCCCCAAACCUCUUCCAGAUAAGCCCUCCAUUAGCUCCUUCUCCCCUAAUGGCAAGAUGUCCAAGCUUGACCAGAAAGAGGAGCUCUGCAGCAGGACUCCGGUGAGUGUGUGUCCGCUGCCUGGACCAGGACCAGCCCCAGUCCAGCCUCUCUCUGACAACAUGCAGCCAAACAUGUGCGUGAGCUUCUCUGAGGCCACACCCCGAGAGCAGUGUCAGUUUGGUCUCAAGCAGCCUGAGGAGCAACUGCCAGAGGAGAUCCAGAGAGCACCUCCAGAGCCACUGCUGGAGGAGACAAAGCCCGAGCAUCCCCCUCAGGGUCAGGGUAGCCUGGUGCGUCUGCAGCCUAUCAGCGGAGCUCACGAUUCAGACACUUCGCUCAGUGUGGACUCAUGCCGACUGGUGGCUAGUGAACUUCAGAGCAGUUUCAAAAAGGCCUCUCAUCUCUACAGGAUGCUGAGCAGUUCUACAGACUCCACUCAGGAGCAGCAGGAGAUGGCUCGAGUGUUGACGGAUGCGUUCGAUGCAGUGCGGACUGAGCUGAACUCGCUGCCCUGCUCCAACAGCAGCUCCCUGUGCAUGCUGGGCAGCAGGGCAGCGGGCGUGGGGGAGGAUCGGACGCUGGCUCUGUUGGAGCAGUAUUCUCAGCUCCUCCUCAGGGCUGUGGAAAAGAGGAUGGACAGUAAAAUCUGACUCUUUUAUUUCCUUUUCUUUGGAUCAGAGCACUGAGGCUGAGGCCGGAUCCCAGGCCAUGACUCUGCGCAGGUUUCUUUUAAUAGGAGUUUUUUUAAUGAACAGAUUAAAAAGAAGUUCCAGAAAUCAGGACUGUAUGGAUUGUUGUUUUCUUUUUUUUAAGAGUGGAAAACAACUUCUUUCCUUUGGACUAGUUAGUGUUCAGUGGUGGGCACAAGGAGAAUUUGAUUAGUGUGUCGUAUCUUUACUUACAUACUGAUGAUGGCCAGGCUCUGUCCGUCAGGACCAUGGAGAAUUCAGCAUGGCCAGAAUGCACUACAGACUUUAACCUCACCGCCCUACCUCCCUUUUUAGCAGGCUUUUGCUUGCACUCUCCACUCCUCCACUUCACCUCGUUGCCAAAUAUUGUGCCCUUUUACUUAACAGUAUAUCUGGAUGUUUGUGGAUAGGAGCGAUGACGGACUGUAAAAAGACUCACGUCUUGAGGGAGGUGAGAUUUGCUUGCUUGUUACAGCUUCUAAAUGACAAAUGGACUCCCCUGACUCACCAGAAUUUACCCACCACCUUGAAGAUGGACUCUUUUUUUUGCUGAGUAGAUCUCUAAGCAAGUGACAGGUGUUUUUCAGAACUUUAUAGAAUGCUCUCUCUCAGAGGGAAUCAGUCUUCUUUACUUGUCUUAAAAGCCAGAUUUUUUUCUCAUUUAUAUCUUGAGGAUGUUUUUAUAAUGUAUGUUGUGUUUGUUGCAGAUGUGUGACUGUAUUUAUUCUCAUGUGAUGGGUCAAUAGCUGGGGUUACUGAUCCCUAAAUAGUGUUGUACAGUGAGUGUAUGUUCUGAUACUGGAUACCCCUAGUGUCAAUAUGGUGCCAGUGGAGUGUCAUGAGAAAGACAUCUGCUUUAGAGAGGGAAACAAUAUACUGAGGAGUUUAUAAGAUGACCGCAUCCAAAUGUCAUGCAUGAAUUUUGAAGGACAGUUUUGUACACGUUUGAGACUUCUUUUUUACUUAAAAUCGACAUGGCAAAUGUCUGAAGAAUGCGGGUGCCUUAAUUUAUAACCAGCAAUUUGUUGUUAAAGGUUAAAUCUCAAGACGUUUCAUUUUUUGAAUGCUGUUUGGAUGCUGUCUUCCUCAAUAUGAUGCAUUCCAGACAGCAAAUUUAGACUCAACUGCCAUAGAAAUCUAACAGAAUAGAGACAAAUCAUUCUGGUGACACAGACAGGGACCUCACACCCUACUGCUAGGUUAUCACAAGGCAAAACAUUAAAUUGACCCUCUAAUCACCAAAAUACAAAAUUACCACUAAAGUUUUUCACAUUUGGCCCUGUUUCUCAGGUUUAGAUUAAGCCUAGACUGUAGGGCAUUUUAAUAAAAUAUAAUUUCACACUUCACACUGGGCAAUUCCACUGAUUUUUUUCAAAAUUAAAUUUUCUGCAUAAUUAAAUUGUUCAGAUAAAAAGUCCAGAGUGAUUUGAAGUGAAAUACUCAAGAGAAACUUACUGAGUCAAAUUAUUCACAGCAAUGAUAGGAAGCACACAUUUGACAUGUUUAAUGCCUGUAAAGGCUACUUCACUGACAGUUAUUAAAAUAAGUGGUUAUAAAUAUUUUUCCAGACACCUGAGAUACAAACUAGUCCCCAAAGGAGACUUACCAUUAUUUUACUAUUAUCAACGUGCACCAUUUCAAAUCAAAACACUCUGAAUAACUUUGUUUACAUCUCAUCACUUGAAUUAUGCAGAACUUGUGAUAAAUUGGUGGAAUUCCCCUUUAAGUGUACUUAAAUCCCUGAGACUAGUUUAUGAGACACUACAUCUAGGCUGAGAUGUUUUUUCUAGCCGCUGGCACAAACUUUCUCCUUUUUCUUAACGGUAAAGCUAAUAUUGAUGUGCAGUGAAGCACUUUCAUUCUAGAAUAAUAGUAAUUAAGGUGAUAGGAUUGUGAUACUGUAGAAAUACUGUAUUUCUGUUGGACCUAUGUGUACUGUAUACUGUUUUGACUUUCUCAUACUGUUACAGAAUAUGGUGCUUGUGCUCAGUGCAGCUAUCAAAGCACUGCAAAACUACUUCAACACAACAGUUUUCUCUGUGCCCAAAACAAAGCAUUAAUCUAAAGCAGUGGUCUCCAACCCUGGUCCUGGAGAGCUUCCUUCCUGCAGAGUUUAGUUCCAACCUGUAUCCAAUAAGCUGCCCAGCCAAGAGGUUGAUUAGCUGGAGCAGGUGUGGCGAAUUGUGGUUAGAACUGCGCUCUGCAGGAAGGCAGCUCUCCAGGACCAGGGUUGGAGAUCAAAACCCAACAGUCCCAAUCCAGUCCAGCCUCAAUAAUAUCCUCUCCUGGUAGAGAGGAGUCUUCAGUUUAAGCUGUAUUGGCAUACAUCUGCUUAGUCUCAGUCAUACAGUGAUGAGUAAAUUGACUAUUCAGGUAUCAUAAUUUUGAUCUCCAACAUUCUUCUUGUUUGUCACUUACAGUACAAAAAGUGCAAUUUAAACAAUUUUAACAUGAACAUAUUGAUAUGCAUGAGACCAAUAAUAGCAAAUAAACAAGCAAAUCUUUCGUUCAAACUUAAGUCAAUCAAGUAAGCAUAUUAAUCACUUACGUAACCUGAGAGUGAACUGAAGAUGUAGGAUUGUAUUUAAAGCCAGUGGUAGGAGAGUUACUUUACUGCUAGCAUGAAUAUACUCUGUAUGCAUGAAGAGCGAUGGACUUUAGGGCUGACCUGUUUGCUGAACUAGAAUGCAUGGAUGUACAUUUGACUUGCUUCAUGAACAAUCAUUCGAUGCUUGGCCAUUAGUGCUACCUCUGUGGCUACUUGGCUCUCUUCUCAUCUCCUGUAUGGGCAAUGAAUCAUGUAGGCUAGCACUAAAAGUGGACCAGAGGGUUAUAAGACUGUUUCUCAUUAGCUUGUUUGCCAAACUCAUGGCUUGUUUGUUUUGUACCACUCCUAAAUUAUGUUUUUAUUCUCAGUAUCCUCUGACAAAAUAAAAAAAAAACUCAGACAUGUGAAUAAAACUGUAUUUAUUAUACAGCAACUCUGGUUAUUUAUUGCACAUG